AUGCAGCACACGGGUGAUGGCAUAUCGUCGGGGAGUCCUGGCUUAAGGCUUGUGAACCUGCUCUUUUCAGAUUACCUUGCCAGCCCUGCAUUUGGUACGGAUGUACUUCAAACCAUAUUAAGCACCUCCGCAAGCUAUUUUACUCGCCGUCGAUCAGAUCCGUUGAUUCACUCUAUGAAUAUGAUCCCACACUUGAUUUUACUUCGUCUAGUGGAGUGCCUUGUAUUAGAAACGUUGCUAAAAAGUGGACUUAGUAUUUUUCAUGAUGCGGGGGUAUUUCAUGUGGUGUUUCAGUAUGUGCAGCAAUACCGUUUUUUUCACUGCUGGAUUACACGUUUUCUUUGCACGUUAGGGAAUAUUUUUCUUCCUUCCGGUAUCCGGCAGCUUUUAGGCCGACGCAUUGCUGAAACCGUACUUAUUCCCGCAUCCACUUCCAGUGACCCGUUAAAGGCCAUGCCAGUAGAAUAUAGGGAAAGCUUACGAUAUUAUCGUUACAUGUACGAUCGGAGUGUGCCGUAUGCCGUUUUUGUGAGUGGAUUCGUCUGCGAAAUGACACACUGCAUCACCGAACAAUUAGUGUGGUUGGCGGAGUUUUACCGUUCGCGCCAUAAGCACACCUCGCGAUGGCGCCUAUUGAAACCGUAUAUUUCCUCCCUUGCAGGAAACACCACACAAAUGCUUCUUGUGUACUCGGCACGAGUGGUCGGUGCGUGGGCCGGCCGAUGUGUGUCACGCGAGCCGACUGGUAGGUCCGUGUUUUGGGGCGAAAGUGUCGCCCUUCUUGCGCUUUCCCCAGCCAUUCAUCGGGUGACAACUUUUAUCACCAUGCAGCUACGCAACAAACUGGAGAUGUUAUGCCCAGCCACGCCGGAGGAUGAGCGAGAAGACUUUCGUGAGGAGGAGAUGAGAGAGGAGGAAGAAGAGGAACCGACGGCGUUCAGAAUGCAGUUUAACAACCCCAGUCCUAGCGGCACAGCGCAGGUGGACUUCUACGAGGUGCUGGGUGUGAAGGAUACUGCAAGCGCGGAGGAGAUUAAACGAGCCUAUAGGAAGGCUGCACUGACCAAUCAUCCAGACCGGGUUGGCCAUGACGCAGCAGCGCAGAAAACUGCACGGGAACGCAUGACGAGUAUUAAUCAAGCGUACGAGACACUCUCGUCCGAGUCGAGACGGAGACGGUACGACAUGGCCCGUCAGAUGGGCACGGAUUUGGGUGUGGUGAAACACUUUGAGAACCUCUCCACUCCUGUAGUGCUGGGUAUUGGGUUAAUUGGUCUUCUUGGAUUUAGCUUGACGGCGUCAUUGCUUUUGUGCGGCCAGUACUUUGCUGCCUUUCAUCAAUUGACGGGAACUGGAAGAAAUCCUUUGCGAUAUCUUGGCAUUGCCUGA